CGAACAAAUCUCGCAUUCAUCGUAAACAAGAAUAAGGCUGUAAUGCUGAAAAUCGUAUGAUUUUCGAAGAUGCCGUAUCUUCAGAGCGAACAAAACCAAGCUAUCAGAUUACUGGCGCACUCUUCCAGAAUCAUUUCAAGACAAUAUCUAAAAACCUAAAAAUGUAAAAACCUAUAAUUUGACUUAUUAAUUCAUUCUUCGUUUGUCUUUAAUCUGAUCACCUAUUCUGGGUAUCGGAGGAAGGGUGAUUCGUUGAAAGACAGCACUUUUUUGUCGUAGAGGUUCAGUUCAAAAUCGCUAUAUAUUUGUUCGAAAACAUGGUGCCUUGUACACAUUACAGCGAACCUUAAACAAUCUUAAUUUAACCCAAAGACGACGUAAAAUUUUAUACCCACGCACUUGCCAUGUAUGAUUUUCCACAUCAGUGAUUAUUUGGUCAUUAGAAAGUAUACGACAAUGUAAUUCUAUAUAAAAUGAAUGAUAUGUAGAAAACCCUACUAAGUCAAUCGUAGGAAGUUACAGUGCAAAGUGCUACUUCAUUCAUCAUUCUCUAUGUGAUCAUAAUUACACAGCAUGCUUCACUCUACAUCGAAAAGACACAAUACCUCGAUAGUGCUUGCGCUAAGUAUAAUGGCUAUUUUGAACAGCUUGUUCGAUCCAGCAACCGCACAAGGGCAGCGGUUCUGCGGAAAAUUUUUGGUAAGCACACUGUCAAUGUUGUGCGAGGAAUUUCCUACACUGCCUCCGCCCGACUACAAUAAGCGGAAUAGCAGAAAUAUCUUCGAGGCACCCAAUUUCGAUGCGGCUUGGACGUAUAUAGUUGAUGGCCUGGCAAUGAACAGAAUUGACAAAAUUGAGCAACUAAAGCGAAUCAUAUUUACAAAUUAUCUAAUCAAUGUUGUAAAAAGCGAGGCAAUCCCGCUACGUUUUCAAAUGGCGAAACGAGGUAUUAUCGAGGAAUGCUGUCUGAGGCCAUGUACAGAAAAUCAACUAAGAACAUUUUGUUCUAAAUACUGAG